CUCCCUUGCUCGCUCAAAGCUCAACGUACGUACGUGCAAGCGUCGGCUACCACUCGUUCGUUCGCCGCUGCUAGCUAGCUCGAUCGUCGGCCAUGGGCGCCAUGUCGUACGAGAGGCUGUCCGUGUCGUCCGGGCCCGAGAGCCGGAGUCGCGGUGGGGCAUGGGCGGCGGUGAGGCGGAGCCUGGCGCGGCUGUGCUCGGCGCGGCGGCAGGGGCGGUGGGCGCCGGCGAGGAGGAUGCUGCUGCUGGUGCGGGCGCGGGGCAGGAGGCACGGCAGGGUCGCGUGCGGGUACGACUCGGAGGGCUACGCGCGCAACUUCGACGACGGCGUGUGGAAGGCGGACGAGGGCGUGCUGCCGUGGAUGACCGCCGCCGGCGCCGGGCCGGCGACGUCGUCGGCGCUUGCCGCGUGCACGCUCGCCCGCGCCGUGUCCUCCGUCCGGUGACUCGUUCGGCUGCCGUGAUCGCCUUCGUGGAGUAGCUAGCCAUUGGUUCAUUCUUUUGAGGACAUAGCGAUUCGUUUAUUUGUUCACGAUUUCGUUCCCUAGUUUGUAUAGGACAUUUUGUAAAUAAUCUUGCUCGCGGAAAGUUAAAAAUGGCCAGUC